ACGGGCUCGGUAAGGGCUCGGCAAGGGCUCGGUAAGGGCUCGGCCCCGCCGUCCCUCAGCCAGGGCUCGGUGAGGGCUCCGUAAGGGCUCGGCACGGACCCGGCACCACCGUCCGUGAGCCAGGGCUCGGUAAGGGCUCUGCCCCGCCGUCCCUCAGCCAGGGCUCGGUAAGGGCUCGGCACGGCCCCGGCCCUGCUGUCCCUCAGCCAGGGCUCGGUAAGGGCUCGGCCCCGCCGUUCCUCAGCCAGGGCUCGGCACCGACCCGGUCCCACCGUCCCUCAGCAAGGGCUCGGCACCCGCCUGGCCGCGCCGUUCCGUGGGACGGGCUUGGCACCGGCCUUCCCCCGUCCUCCCCCGCUCAGGUGCCGGGGCUGCGGUCACCCAGCGGUGCUGAGAACCCGGCGCGGGCCUGAGGCUGUCCCUGCCAGCCCUCGCCACUGCAGCAUUGGCGGGCUGGGUUCCUGCGCUGCCAAGCGGUGAUACCCGGCUGUGGUACUGGCAGUCCUGUAACCUUCAGGUAGCUCUCAACUGGCAAAAUAACUACAAGCUAGAGUGGUUACGCUGUGCUGUGGUUCAAUCUGCAACUCAUAACUUGGAAGGCAAAUUAAAUCAAUCACAGUAGUGCAGCUGUAUCUUCCAAGAACUUGCUGAAUGCAUAUCUUUGAGAAAUGGCUUUCAACUUUUCCAUGUAAUUAAAUCUAAUAGACACCUAAAAAUCGAGUAAAGGUGAUCUCCAUGUGGCAAAAGUAAGUCUGCUGACAACACUUCCAUCACAGUGAUUUUGAUGGAAGACUUGGAGGUAAUUCACAGACAUUGCUCCCUGUUUACCCUGUGGCCUCCCUGCCACAAGCUGCCACGCCUGCCUUGAGGAACUGCUGUUACAGAAAUAACUUAAAUACAUGAACAUAUAAUGACAGAAAUACUGAUUUUUAUUAUUUUUUUUUUAGUUGUCUGUGUUUUGGGUUUUUAAACUAGUUUAUGAGGUAAAAAUACUUAUAUAAGACAGAAGUAAAUUUUCAUUUUUCAGAAGGAAAAUACACAUUGAGACAGUUCAGUAGCUAUGCCAAAAGGCAAGAAGAAAGAUGUCAAGAAGAAAGAUGUCAAGAAGAAAGAUGCCAAGAAAGAUGGUAAGAAGGAAGCUGGUGAGAAGUCAGAAGAAUCUAUAGGUCCUACAGCUGAGAGUAGCUUAACAACGCAGCCAGAUUUGCAGAAUGAGUCAGUGAGUGAAGAAACUCAGGCAAUUCCAGAGGCACCAGACAAAGAGGUAGAGGUAGAGGAACCACCAGUCCAGCCUGUUCCCCCGUUCCACGAGGAGCCUAUUCUUGCUCAAGUGAUUAUAAAAAGCUAUGAAGGUGAAGAAGUUGAUGGAUUCUAUGAGGGUGAAGGAUUUAUAUGUUUUGAGGGAGGAAAUACAUACAAGGGUCUAUUUUCUGAAGGACGUAUGGAUGGACAGGGGACUUACACGUGGGCUGAUGGAGUAAAGUACGAGGGAACAUUUAUUAAGAAUGUGCAGAUGCUUGGUGGCCGUUAUACCUGGAGUGAUGGCAGUGUUUAUGAAGGAUCAAUCAAAGAUGGACUUAGGCAUGGAUAUGGAUUUUUUAGGAGUGGUACUCGUCCAAUUUCUUACCAUGGUGAUUGGUGCAAUGGCAAAAGACAUGGAAAGGGUGUAAUUUAUUAUGAUGAGGAACAUACCUCCUGGUAUUCAGGUGAAUGGGUAAAUAAUGUCAGAGAAGGACAGGGAUUGAGACGCUACAGGUCUGGAAAUACCUAUGUAGGUCAGUGGAAGAAAAAUCUACGACAUGGACAUGGAAAAAUGACAUGGCUGGCAGCUAAUCAAGAGUAUACAGGACAGUGGGUGUGUGGCAUACAGCAUGGAUUUGGCACCCACACAUGGUUUUUUAAGGCAAUGCAUAUGUCUCAGUAUCCUCUGCGGAGUGAAUACAUCGGUGAUUUUGUAAAAGGGAAGCGCCAUGGACGUGGCUUGUUUCUAUAUCCUAGUGGAGCAACGUACAAUGGAGAAUGGGUUUGUGAUAAGAAGCAUGGCAAGGGUGUGUUUGUCUCCCUGAAUGGUCAAGUGUUUCAAGGAGAGUUCAUAGACAAUCAUCCAGUGGAAUGUCCUGCUCGUCAAGGGGCUGCUGUGGAAGCCAAACAGCAGAGAGCCACUGGCACAAGAAGGUGUUCUGGCACUGAAAAGACCAUAAUCAUUAAUGCCUUGGGAGAGACUUCUAUUCUGAAAUCAGAUAUUGAGUUGGAUAUCUCUUUACUGCUUGAGUUGUUGCCAGUGGAAGACAGAGAGGAAGAAGUGAAACAAGUAGAAUUGGCUGUGUUGAUGCAUAUUUCAAAACUGAAAAAAGCCUACCACUUCUACAGUGUCUUAGGCUAUGGUCAUUCUCCUGACAACAAUUACACCCUGACUAAGCUGCAGUUUUGGAGGUUUCUGAAGGACUGUGAGUUUCAUUUCUCCUCCGUAACUCUCGCUGAAAUGGAUCGGCUGUUGAGAGGUGAUAAACCAUUUGAGAGUAUACAUUGUCCACAUGAGGUAUUGGUGUUCAGAACAUUUUUAUCCUACCUUGUUCACCUGGCAUUUCAUAUCUAUCAUGAAGAGUACAAAGACGAAGUUCCUCAUCUCUGUAAGUGUUUCUUAAAAAUGAUGUCCAGGAAUGUUCUGCCCUCUGCCUGUUGUGUCCAAGGUCUCUUAUUUUCUGGUGAACAAUUCACAUCUUUUGCCAUGAGCUACAUUGACAAAUGCUGGGAAAUAUACAACAAUUUUUGUAGACCGCAUUCCAGGCCUCCAUUUGAACCCACAGUGAAGAUGAGGCAAUUCCUCUGGAUGUUGGCUGAUUUUAAACUUCUCAGUGAACAAUUAACUGCUUCAAGAGUUGUGGGAAUAUUUGUCAAAGUUGGUGCUUCCCUACCUCAUAUCACUGGUGUCAACCUGGAUCUGGAGAUGGUUUUUCUGGAAUUUUUUGAAGCUCUUCUUGAAUGUGCAUUGGUGUAUGUUACUGAGGAUAUGAUCCUGGAGAAAGCAGCUCAAGAUGAUCAGAAAAGAAGUAGUGUUGAAAUCAAGGAGUUCUCCAGGAAAACUUCAGCUGUGUCUCUCACAGAAUGUUCUCUGCCCCAGCCACCGAGACCUUGUGAAGGCACACAGCUUGCUUGUCUACCUUCUCUACUGGAAACUCUUCCCUCAUUUCCCACAACUCCUGGAGAAAGCAAAUAUGAUGUGUCAUUGCCCAAUGAGGAUGUAAAAGAAGAACAGGAUUCCUGUCCAGAAAAGGAAUUCUCAGAUGAAGCAAAAGAAGACAAAGAUGAACAAGACGAGCUAUUGAGUCUGUGGAGGUGUCAGAUGCAAACCUUUUUCACAACUAAGUUCUUCCCUGCUUUUGAGCAUGAAAUAGUGCUGAGGGAAAAAAUAAAAGAAGUAAAAAAGGAGGAUGCUGAAUUAGCUGGGCUGAGAAAGAUCCAAGCUGAGGAGCUGGCAAGACUUAUUGCUGAAAAAGAAGAAGAGGCAAAAAGGCGAGAAGCAGCUGCAGCAGAAAAGGCACUUGCAGAGUUAGAGAGUGUCAAAACGCUGAAAGGAAAGCCCAGGAGAGGAGCCUGGUCAAAGAAAGAUACGUCCAAGAGAGGACCCUCUCCCAAGAGAAGUCUCUUGGCAAAUAAAGAGGCCCCCAAGACAGAACCUUCAUCAUAAAGAGGCUCACAAGGCAGCACAGCCUGAGGAGGAAGAGGCAGCACCCACAGGUACCAAGCACCUGCUGACAAAAUGUAAAAUAAAUAAAUAAAUCCUCUGCUGGCAACUACUGAAGCUUCCAGAAAGUACUCUCCAAAUAAGGAAAAAACCCCCAAACCAAAACAACCCCAGAAGACCCUCACUUGUAGGAAGCAUGGUUCAGCCAUAUGCACAAGAAUUGCUGGUUUCAGAGGGAAGAGUCUUUUACACCAGGGUCUUGGGCAAGUGGUUAACUAGCAGGAAGUCACGUGACGCAAAUGAACACAGAUGCUCCUAAAGUGUAACAAUUAUUAGUUUUAUUUUUCAGCAAAAUAUUCACAUAACCUAUCAGAAUGGAAUGGUACAGAUGAAUUCAGACUGGUUUUUAAUUAGUUUGCACAUAAACAUUUUUAAAAUUUAAAAAUUUUAUGGUCAGUUUACAGAUUUUAGUAGAAAUUUUGAUUCUUACAAAGCAAGUAUUGCUUUACUAUUGUCAUUAUUCCAGUCAAUAAUAUGACUAAUAACUUCUCAUGUUGAACAAGUGCCUGACAUUGACAUCUUCAAUAAAUCAGCCCUUUGCAGAUCAAUCCAAGAAGAAAAUAUUAUUAAACUGUGUUGCACAAAGUUUCUUCACUUCUUCUGUUUAAAAAAAGAAAAAAAGAUACAUCAGUAUGGUAUUUUACAGAAACCUCCUCAAGAAAAACCCUGGGGAUUGUCAUGGAGAAUAUAAUUAAAUUCAAACAGAAAAAGCCCUAAGAGUUUCUAAUGUAGAAAUACACUUAAUGUUGCUGUCUUCAGUAGGAGAAAGGCAAGUCUGACAUCUUCCACUGCCUGAAAGCUGUGUUGUGUCUAAGUGGCUUAAGUGCAAAUGAUGGGCCUCUCACCAGACACUGCAACAGCAGCAGACUUGGCUUAACAUAAGGAAGUAUAUUAUAACCCCCUUUUCAGAGAAGGGAGGAAUUAGGGUAUUCUGUUACAGUAAAUCAAGUCUGCAAAACGUUCACUUUGUGUUAUUUGGUAGACAACACUUUCUAAGUUUAUCAGGCACAGAAACACUCAUUUACUGCUUCUGUAUGCUAGGUUUGAUGCUGAAACACAGUUAUAGAAAGAUUUCCAAGUUAUGCAACUCAUUCCUGAUUUUAAAAUGUAGGUUGCUAGGCUUUGGUCCUGGAAAAGGACCAAAUUCUUUCCCAUUGUCUAAGCGAGGACAGUGCCUCCUGUUAAAACAGAGCCUUAGAAUUCCUGCAAGUAAGAGUCAAACAGAUUUUUAGAGAAAUAGCAAUGUAAAAGCUUAUUGCAUCUUAAUGGUAAUUCUCACUCUCAGUCAUAGUAAAUCAUUCUCAAAACCACAUUAGAAACAAGGUAGCGAUGGAUGAGGAGCACUGACAGGACAGCCACAAUGUGUAAGUAACUACGCCCGGAUCUGACAGAUAAAAAGUCAGAUGUAAAUAUAUUCAUCUCUCACCUGUAAUACACUUUUUAAAUUACUCCUAAACUAAGCUCACACUGCUGUCCUCUAUUAUUUGAAGGAGGAAGGAUGACUGAUUAAUAAUUAAGAAUGCCUGCUGAAUAUUUAUGCUGUCCUUUCACAGCUGGUAGUAGGCAGACCAAAACCUUAGGCAAACUCACCUGCUCUAUCAAAGAUCAGUCCCUCUCUAGAUUUCUCAUGAGAUGGUUUUAUUACUUCUCUAGGGACACACAUUUUAGGAGUAACUGUGUUUAAAGGUAAUAAGAAACAAACCUUACCAUUAACUUCAAUCAGAUUUACAUUUUUUUGAUUCAAAAUAACAUACAGUUCUCGCUGGUCAGACUUUUUCCCAACUACCCAGUAAUCACUCAUCGCCUUCACAAUAAUUUCCUCGUCUUCAUCAACUCUGAAAGAAGUUUUAAAAAGUAAAGAAGGUGGCAGCAAGUUCAUCUUCAACAACUUUAUCUGUAAUCAUUAGGAACAGCUCAAUGUCAGAAAUGUUGUGCAGUGUCAAAGAAAACAUCAGUUCUAACUUGGCCAACAUUCAGUCCAGCACGAAGGCUUCAUAAAUGGCUGCUUAGGACAUCCCCAAAUCAGUAAUUUUUUCAUUAGCCAAACACUCCAGUGCUCUGAAGAAAACUCCUCCAUUCUGGCAAGAACACACUUCACAGAAUGAGGAUUUGCCACACAGUGACCAAAUACGGAAAGCUGGAGAUGGGUUGGUGAUCCUAAGCUUUCACUGAACUGUUAAACCUGGACCUAAACUAUGCUCAACAACACAUAUAUUCUAUAAAGCUGUCACUAACCCAGUACUUCCAUAACAUGAUGACACAUGCUUUUGUCCUUUACAGAAAAGUUAAAACCUUGUCCUUAAGCAGAGUGGGAAAAUUGCUUGUUGCUAAUUAGAGCAUCAGGCAUCCCAAUCAUUCAGCAUUGUCAUGAUCUUCAUUAACUUUUGUAGUUACAGAGGGUCUCUCCCACUUUGCAGCGUGAUACCCAUUGACAAGAAGCCACUUAUCUUCUCUAUCAGCAGGACUGCAGUAACUGCAAGGUUUGCAUUUCAUCCAUUGUCUCACCCGGAGAGGCCACCAGCUGUGUCGGGGCAGGUAUGACACAGGCAGAAGCAGGUGUCCCUGUCCUUUAUACUGCUUUCCCAGAUUAGACAGACUCUGGUGCUUCCCAUCCCAUUUGUUAGGACUACUCUGAAGCCUCCAAUAGAUGAAGUAUUUUCUUGGAUAGAGGCCCUGGCCCUCUUUUAAGUUAUUUUUUUAAAAGGACAGUAGAAGGUUUUUUUUAAGAUGGACUAUUUCUAGACCAACACAAAAUACCAAACAUGAACAGACAGCCAUCAACAAAGACUGGAAAGCUCCACUCCUUUGAAAAACAACUAAAUCUGCUUGACAGUAGGAGUUACAGACUACUUAAUAGGUAAGCAUUACCUGGAGAAGUCACUGUUGAUGUCACCAAGAAUCUUCAUGAGGUCAGGGUGAACAGAUGCAAGUGAUACGCUGGGUGUUUUCCUCAUGUGAAUGGUACUUUUCUCUGCCAAGUUCAUGUGAUUGAAAUAGAUGAACUUAAAUUGAGGUUCCUUCUCAGCCCUAGGAAGAUUUAAAAAGAAAAAAAAAAUUGUGUUUUGUGAAUACCAACAUGUUCUAUAAGCACAGGCCUCCCAGAGAUUGGGUAGUGAGCCAGUGCAAAGCUAACUUAGCCUGGAGUUAUGUUCACACUGAAGGGACUUGUGGGAUCGAACUUCAUUUUAACACACUUUAAAAAAAAACAAAAGACAACCAAGCCUGCAGAACCAGCCAGUGUUUCCCUUUCUGCCACUCAGGCUGCCAGGAAACACUCACAGGGGAGUCUGAAGGCCUUGUUCCACUUCACAGUAGUAAUUCAUUUGCAUUUUUCUAAUGAACUGGUUUUUUCUCUGGCCCCAUUUUGUUCCUGCUGCUCUCCUCUAUGCCAGUCCAAGCUGCUUUGAAUGGAUCCUGGCUCUUUGAGCAAUAAGUCAUCUUCUAUUCAUGUAUUUGUUAUUUGUUACAACCAUCAUUUGUGUGGGCCAAGCAAGAGACUAUUUUCAAACUCCUGCCUUGGCGGUCUUCCUCCAUUUCCUCUUUUAUGAAGUUAAUAUAAAAACCUAGAGCUGUAAUUUUUUGUAGAAGUCACAACAAAUUCAGACUGACCAAAAACUGGCUGCAGAAUUGGUACUUGAGGCAAUGCAUUAUUUAGAACCAGGAGAUACUGUGAUGACACCACUCACCUUAACAAACAACCAGAUACCCCUGCUCUCUGUCACCCACAUGCAUUAGUGUCAAGGAACUGUAUCAUGUUUUCAGGACACCAUGGCAUUAAACUUUUAAAGAGUUAAAGCUGCCAAAGCCAGUCCCAGAUGACAUUUAAAAACCCCAAGUUUAAUGAUUUAGUAGAUUGGCACAAUUUCAAGCACAUCCUAUUCCAUCCUGUGCGAUUUUGCUGAUUUGGGAUGGUACCACUAAGUUCACUCACACACCCAUCUUUGGUUGAAUUCCUCUUAUGUUGCCAUAUGUGGUGCUGUUCUUGCUUCCCCAGCUAAUAAAUCUAUCAAAAAAUAGAUGCAAUUUUAUUGCAAGACAGCUGUAGUUCUAAGUGAAGUAUGAAGCAUUAAAAUCCUUUUUCUUUUGACUGUUUUUUGUCCCUCAAGUAAUUACCUUAGUCCUGCAAAACAGAAAACAAAAAAGACCUUUUUUUCCUCACCAACUAUACAUGGCAACAUUUCAAGAAGCAGUAACUCUGGAAAAGUCCUCAGCUGUAAAGCUUCCACUGUAACCAAACUAAAAUUCCUAAAAUUAAAUUUACUCACUAAAAUUCCCAUUUCAGCCAGACAAUAAACAUUUGUUCCUAAAUUAGUAACAUCUAUUGUUACUUCAGAGAGACCCAAAUAUGCAACAAUAUGCACUUCAUAAACUCUUAAAGAUACAGAAAAGUAGACAAGCAUUGUUUUAAGUAUACCAUUAAUGCUUUCAAAAUUUGGGCUCAUGUUACCAUUAUUUAAGCAGUUCAUUAAACCUAACUUUUCACCAACUAAUGAGGGAAUGCAACAGGCAAAGAAGUGUAGUACAAACCCUGAUAUUCUCUUGUUGAUGUUGUAUUGUUCACAUAUGUCUGAUGCCAACACUGUGAGCUGAGGCCCAACAAUGCUGUCCAGUUUUCUGCAAAACUCCAGUGUGGGUGGAAUUGAAGC